UUGAUGGGAAGAACUGGGAUCGCUAUAGCACCAAAGCUGCUGUUAAGGAGGUGGAAGCAAGUUCAAGGACGUGCAGGGAUCAGCAGCAAAGCUGCAAAACCAAAUCCGAUGGUCGUGGACUACUCUAAAGAUAUUUCCGAACAUAGAGUGGAACUCAACUGUGGUGGCGAAGAGGAGUGGGUACCACACCCACGUACCGGAAUAUUCUUUCCGCCGGGACAAGAAUCGGUGAUGGACGGCGUCCCUGACGGUGCUGCUUCCUUUGACAUGACGUUUUGGCUUAGGAACGUCGACGGUGUUGAUAAACCUGAUCCUGACCUUCAUUUUCCUAAUUGA